AUGUCACGAGCAGUCAUCAAUCUAGCGAAACUCUCGCACCUCUCUACCCGCACCCGCUACCGCCUCCUCUUUACUUGUUUUCUCCUUACCACCGCCCACCUGCUCUUCUCUGCUUCUCUCAUCCGCUGGUCAGCCAACUUGUCGAAGCCACCGGCCCAUGCGGAUCCACGUAGCACCUCCAAGACCUCCAGCAAUGUUUCCAGCAAAGGUCAUCUCCCGCCAUACGGCGCCCAAGACGCAGACCGGCCUGUGGUCCCCCAAGCGAAGCUCCUAAAGGACUUCUUCAGGUGGAACGAAGCAGACAUCGCCUUCCUGUCUCCGCCCGUCUUCCUCCCUCCGACUCCUCCGUCUCCUCCAAUCACUGACCCUUUCCCCCUCCUCUCUUCCAACUUACCGCCUCGCAACCUGAGAAAGCUGCUACAGCCACCCGAGAUCAACCGCCCCUCGCACUUCCGCCACCUCCGCCCAUCCCACUCCUCCCAGGUGGAACUAACCCAGCAGCCAUCGAGGUCUUACUUCUCCCGUUUCGGCAGCAAGUCCUUCGGCCGCCGUCCCGACCCCUCCCCAUACCCUCCGUACCAUUCCAAACUCAACCCGACCGGCAUGGCGCCACUGCUGAUUGGACUCACCCGCAACUGGCCGCUCCUGCUGCAGUGUGUGUCCAGUUACAUUGCGGCAGGUUGGCCGGCGGAAGAGAUCUUUGUCGUCGAGAAUACGGGGACGAUGGACGCGAAUGAGCGGGAGUUGUUGACGCUGCAGAAUCCGUUCUUCAUGAACCGGACGCAGUUGGAGAUGCUGGGGGUGAAGGUUGUUUCUACUCCGACGCUCCUGACGUUUUCGCAGUUGCAGAACUUCUUUGCUUGGACCGCCCUCCAACGCGGCUGGACCGAGUACUUCUGGGCGCACCAAGACCUGAUGGUCUUCUCUUACGAACACCGACACCCGUCUUAUUCUCCAGCUGCUGCCGCAGCCCGAGCCAAGGCGCAGUCCAAGUCCAACAAGUCCAAGGCCAAAGCCAACGCCAAAACUUCCUCGACCUCCAGCAAGACAGUUGAGGACGACGAACCCGAAGAAUACCGGUCCCUUUACGCCAAUGCCCUCCAUGUCCUCCAGAAAUACCGCGACCCUUCCCAUCCCAAGUGGGCCCACCACUUCUUCUCCUACGACCAUCUCACCCUCGUCCACCGGGGACGCCAUCCUCUCCGUUGGGGCUGGGACACGCAGAUCCCCUUCUACGGUACUGACUGCGACAUGUACACCCGAUUGAUGUGGGCGGGCUACGCACAGAACGAGUCCACGACGCCGUCAACGAGGGUAGGACACAUCCUGGACGUGAGCGCCGUUCUCGAGGACAUCGGCGCAUUGUUCCGUAUCCCAGGCAUCAAAGCUUCCUUUCCCGGCGAUCCUCACCCCCACGCCCGAAACCAGAACGUAAAGGUCAAACCCGGCUCAGCAGCAGCCGCGACAGCAAAGACAGAAGCUGAAACGUACGCCAACUUGUUGUCGACGGCCCGCCGCAUGCAACGAGCCAAGUACGCCCUAGGCAACGGCCACGAGGGCGCAACAAGAGCUGGCAGACGAAGCAGCAGGGAGGGCAAGGAGAGCCGUUCUAUCGGGACGCCGAGGGGUUCGAGGCCGGCGUGGAGAUGUGGAUCGAGGCAGGACGAGCAGUAUUUUCGGAGAAAUGGGGACAUCGAGGAUGUGAUAUCGCGAGGAAGUGGGCGACUGGGAAGAACAAGGGGAAUGGAAAUGGGCUGA